AUGACUUCCAGCAAGAUCGAGAUGCCCGGCGAGGUGAAGGCCGACCCCGCCGCCCUCAUGGCCUCCCUGCACCUCUUGCCGUCCCCCACGCCCAACCUCGAAAUCAAGUACACCAAGAUUUUUAUUAACAACGAGUGGCAGAAUUCAGAGAGUGGGAGAGUGUUCCCUGUCUAUAAUCCAGCCACAGGAGAGCAGGUGUGUGAAGUUCAAGAAGCAGACAAGGCAGACAUAGACAAAGCGGUGCAGGCAGCCCGCCUGGCUUUCUCUCUUGGUUCCGUGUGGAGAAGGAUGGAUGCUUCAGAAAGAGGCCGCCUGUUGGAUAAACUUGCAGACUUGGUGGAACGAGACAGGGCAGUUCUUGCAACCAUGGAAUCCCUAAAUGGCGGCAAACCGUUCCUGCAAGCUUUUUACGUGGAUUUGCAGGGGGUCAUCAAAACCCUUCGAUAUUAUGCUGGCUGGGCUGAUAAAAUUCAUGGGAUGACCAUUCCUGUAGAUGGAGAUUAUUUUACCUUUACCAGACAUGAACCCAUUGGAGUGUGUGGACAGAUCAUUCCGUGGAACUUCCCCCUGCUGAUGUUUGCUUGGAAAAUUGCUCCCGCUCUUUGCUGUGGCAAUACAGUAGUUAUUAAACCAGCAGAACAAACACCACUCAGCGCGCUCUACAUGGGAGCCCUCAUCAAAGAGGCUGGCUUUCCGCCGGGAGUCAUCAAUAUUUUGCCAGGAUACGGGCCAACGGCUGGGGCAGCCAUAGCCUCUCACAUUGGCAUCGACAAGAUUGCGUUCACAGGGUCAACUGAGGUUGGAAAGCUUAUCCAAGAAGCAGCUGGAAGAAGUAACUUGAAGCGAGUAACUCUGGAACUUGGAGGGAAAAGUCCCAAUAUUAUUUUUGCUGAUGCUGAUUUGGACUACGCUGUGGAGCAGGCUCACCAGGGGGUGUUCUUCAACCAAGGCCAGUGCUGCACUGCGGGGUCUCGCAUCUUUGUGGAGGAGUCCAUCUAUGAGGAGUUUGUCAGAAGAAGUGUGGAGCGGGCCAAGAGGCGCAUAGUGGGGAGUCCCUUUGAUCCCACCACUGAGCAGGGACCCCAGAUUGAUAAGAAACAGUACAACAAGAUCCUGGAACUCAUCCAGAGUGGUGUGGCUGAGGGUGCCAAGCUGGAAUGUGGCGGCAAAGGCCUGGGCCGAAAGGGGUUUUUCAUCGAGCCCACAGUGUUUUCCAACGUCACCGAUGAUAUGCGCAUUGCCAAGGAGGAGAUCUUUGGCCCUGUUCAGGAAAUUCUGAGGUUUAAGACUAUGGAUGAAGUUAUCGAAAGAGCCAAUAACUCAGACUUUGGACUUGUAGCAGCCGUCUUCACUAACGACAUCAACAAGGCCCUCACAGUGUCUUCUGCAAUGCAAGCUGGGACUGUUUGGAUCAAUUGUUACAAUGCCUUAAAUGCCCAGAGCCCCUUUGGGGGAUUCAAGAUGUCUGGAAAUGGGAGAGAAAUGGGGGAGUUCGGCUUGCGAGAGUACUCCGAGGUGAAGACGGUGACAGUAAAGAUCCCCCAGAAGAACUCCUAAGAAGGCCAAGGAGGACGGUGGAGGCCAGCCCGCAGGACUCUCCCUCUCUGCUCUCCCUGGGGGGCCCGGCUCUCAGGAAUCCAAAGUCCAUACUCGGUCCUUAUUUAAAGAUUUAAAUAACGACACGUAGGCCAGGCCGUCAUCGCAUAACAAAAGCCGACCGUGUGGGCACGGUUUCCUGGCACUCUGUAAGGGAUCACUUUCAUGAUACCAAAUAUUGGGGAGAGUGGGACGGAGGCAGGAGGCGUCACUGUCGGGUACCUCCAGUCCCCCUUUCCGUCGUGAUGGGCAGUUCCUUUUAUCCCAAGGAACUUUCCUCCUGAGGAGAGGUCGUCUUUCCAUUGUCUCCCUUUAUCCCCUUCCAGCCUCUCCCCACUCACCCACUCCUCCCACCCGUCCAAGGAGAUCUCUCAACUGAGCUCAUUUGGGGCAGAUGUUUGGGCCGGGAACAAUUUUCCAAGGUUUUGCAGCCAAAUUACCAUUUCAUGUUAUCCACUUCUUCAAAGCAAAACAUGAAAUGGUUUUAGUUAGAGCCAGACCAGACUGAGACUGCCAGGAGCUGGUACGCUACAGAUGUACCAAGAACUGAGACCUUGGGGUGCCUCUUGACCCAGUCUGGCUUUCUCACAUCCGUACAAGACAGGAGUGAAAGAUCAGGGAGAUGGAGAUCCAGAGAUCGUCACGUGCAGCUCACGGCUUCUGAGCUUGCUUCUUGGGUUUUAGGGUGUGUGUGUGUGUGUGUGUGUUUACUUCCUUCUGGGUGAUUCUGGAAUAAGGCAGGGGGGCGGGUUGUUUUUCAUAAAUUGAUAAGAUCUUUUUCCAAAGCCUCUCUUACCAAUCAACCCCAAAACGAAUCGGGGAGGCUCAAGAAUUUGGUAAAAGGUAAUGCUGGGGGCCUUGCAAAAAUAAGUUCUUUUUCAAUACUAGCUGACAGUUCUCAUGAAGUGAAUUGUCUCUGCGGAGGGACUCCACUGGCUGCUUCUGCCCCCUGCUCUCCCUCCCGCCCCCCUGCACCUACACCGCUACUCCCAGUGCUCUGGGUGUCACUCCGGCCUAUGGUGCCCUAAAUCCACUGGCAGUAACCUUGGAAAAUCCGGCCAAGCCCGGAGGUUCCCGUUUCCAUUUGCAGAGCUGCAGCGUGCCACGAUGACCACGCUCCACCAGAGCUCAGCCGUCACGCCCUGUGCCUCGUCCACGCGUGCUUUUCCCUCCUGGCAAAGCAGUCCCUCUCCCCCUCCCCCAGCUACGCACUUCCUCUUCCACUCUCCAGCUCAUCCACCUGUUGACAGUGUCGCCUUCCUCUCCUUCCCUUUUCCCGGUUGCUGAACCCAAUCCAGUCUGUAACCUAGAUGAAGAUCAUUUAUUUAAAAGUACCAAACAUAACCUAGAGUACACGGAAUAUGGACCGCACGUAGGUAGCCUUCUGUAUGUAAUGGGUUUCUGCUUUCUCACCAGACCAGUUUUCUAUUUAUAAGUCUCGUCUAUUCAUGAUGUUUAAAAGGAAGCUCCAUUUGCUGUUCUCUACAAACGACAGUGCAUUCAGUGGCCCGAUGCCUCGAGAGAUGCCAUGCUUCUGAAUCCUUCCAUGUGAAUGUCAUGCUCUCCUCCUAUAGCCUGUGUCCAAGUGAACAUACCCAUUAACCAGCUAGUUACCUUUUCGACUGCAAUAUAGAAUGUGAAAAUGAAGAUUUAUUUCUUUUAAUUUACUUAAAAAGAAACCUCU